AUGCAGUCGGCUUUUGCCCCACCGCCUGCCAAUACAAAGACGUGGCGAGUCUUAUGCGAUCUCACUAGUCCAUGCGAAGGCGUGGCUGCACAAGCUCGAGACUGUCUGCAGCGGCUUGCAGCGCAAGCGAAUGAACAUGUCGUCAGGCUGGUGCAUCUCGAUGUCCAUCUGGCCGAUAUGACAGACUUUGCUUCCAUGAAUGCGGUCUAUCGAGACUUCUUUCGACACUCGCCGCCCACUCGGGCCUGUAUCGCGCUGGAUCUGCCGGGAAGUUGUCGCAUCCGUAUUACUGGCGUUUGUGUCCCAGCUGCAGCGACUGUCGAGAUUCUACAUGUUCAAAGCCUGAGCUAUUGGGCGCCUGCCAAUAUUGGACCUUAUGCCCAAGCAGUAGCAUGCGGCUCGCAGCUGUUCGUUGCCGGCGCCAUUGGCAUGCGACCUGCUGAUCUGUCAAUCGCUGAAUCUACUUUAUCCGCUGCGUCCGGAGCUAUCGAUGCGAGCCGACUCGGUGCUGUUCUCGCGUCUCAGCAUGUCGAGCUCGACGGUAUCGAGAGCAGCAUCUACCGACGCGGCAUGCAUCAAUGGCAAAGCAGCGUCACCGCUUGUCUGUUCCUCGUCGCUGCCGGCUUGCCGAAAGACGCUUGCGUCGAGUACCAGACGACUUGGCAUCUUAUGUCAGCAUCGAGCGAGGGCAGUGAUGGAACAGAUCUGGGGAGUCACUGUGGCUUAUACGCCUAUGAGACCCUGCCUCAUACCCCGCCAGAGAUCCACGGCUCCGACUGGACUCGUGUCUAUCACACCGCCAAAGCCAAGCCGACCGAUGCGUGGCUUCACAAGCUUGGCGGCAACGAAGUCAGCGUCAUCGAGGUAAGAGGGAUUGCUACUUUUGUUAGUCAAUGCUUCAGCGAAUGCGAGCUUGUUGUGAUGCCAAUACAAUUCAGCUCAGUGUGA